AUGCCGUGCGGCUUCUUGGGCUUCGUCCUCCUCUUUCGUCCGGUCUUAUCUUUUGGAUGUGUCGGACCGAACCUUGACAAAUACAGAAUUUCAUUUAAAUCAUACACUUCGGAAUAUCAGAACCAGCCCUCGGGUUCAACUUCAAUUGGAGCCAUUGCUUCAUCUACAGUUGGACUGUCAGAGAAUGAACCACAGCCAGGCAAUGAUAAAGGGAUUCUAUCCCUCAAAGGAUGA